GACUUUUUUUAAAAAUGGGGUUUCCAAAGAGGGCUAGUUAAAUGUCGACGCUGUCUGAACUUGCAAAGUAAGGCGAUAACUCGGACUUCAGAUCUUCUUCAUGGGUUCCACUUACAGAGAACAUGUUCACCAACUGAUGAACCCUUGUCGUCAAAGUGAUAGAUAACACGACACAGGGCAAUGCUCAGCUCUGUGGAAACUGGACAGGGGUGGACCUAAAGCAUAUGGUUUGGCCAGCUAAAGAGAGAUUGCAAAUAACUUCUCCGGAAACCCAUUGUUGAACUUGCCAGAAGAUAAAUUCACAAGCAAUGGCGUCAGAAGUGGUGUGUGGAUUGAUCUUCAGAUUGCUUCUCCCAAUAUGUCUAGUUGCAGCAUGUCUGUUCCGGUACAAUGGGCUAUCGUUUGUCUACCUCAUCUACCUCUUGCUUAUUCCACUUUUUUCAGAACCAACAAAAGCAACAAUGCAGGGACAUACAGGCCGGUUAUUAAAAUCCUUGUGUUUUACAAGCCUAACCUUUCUGCUGCUCCACGUCAUCUUUCAAAUCACAAUUAACAGCCUUCAAGCCAGAAACACCAUUAACCCUGACUUCAACUGUUCAACGUGGGAGAAAUCCAUUCGGCAGAUAGGCUUCGAGAGUGUAAGAGGAGCAGAUCCUGGCAAUGGUAUUAGGGUGUUCCUACCCGAUAUUGGGAUGUUUGUUGCAGGCUUGGCAACAUGGCUUCUGUGCCGAAGUCUGGCUCAGAAAACACCCACAGAAGACAUGGUGCAGUACAACACAGAUUUUGAAAACGAUGAACAGGAAGAGAAGCUUGAGAUGGAGGGCGAUGUGAUGUUUGAUGAGGAUUUCGAAGCGGGAGAUGAAUGCGGAAUGGAAGAGGAGGUGCUGGAAGAAGAAGAAGAGGAGGAGGAGGAAGAAGAGGAGGAAGAAGAAAGCACAAAACUUAAAAUACUGCGCAGAGUCGCAGGAGUGGCGUCAAAAUUAAAAGACGUUAUUGGCAAUAUUAUAACUACCGCUGGAAAAGUAGUUGUAACAAUAUUACUUGGUUUGACAGGUAUUAUGUUACCGUCUCUGACCUCAGCUGUGUAUUUCUUUGUAUUUUUGGGGCUGUGUACUUGGUGGUCCUUUUGUCGAACGUUUGAUCCGCUGAUAUUCAGCUGCCUAUGUGUAUUAAUGGCCAUAUUCAGUGCAGGGCACUUGAUUGGACUUUAUUUGUACCAGUUUCAGUUCUUUCAGGAGUUUGUUCCACCAAGAGACUUCUAUGCAAGAUUGUUUGGUGUGACACCUGUAAUUCAAACCAACUGCUCAACUACAUGGAUGAUAAUAUCUCACCCAAAUUUGCUGUGGUUUCACUAUAUAAAUCCUGUCAUGCUUUUGGUGCUGUACUACACUCUCGCCACCCUCAUUCGACUGUGGCUUCAAGAACCAAUUGAACCGAUGGACAUUGAUGAAGAAGAGAAUCCAGAACUGGAAGAAGGGAAAGACGAAACCGGCAAUCGGAUUGUUGUGACAGCAGAAAAGAGACGAAGAAUGUGGCAAGCGGUACACUAUGCAACCGAGGAGAGAAAACUUCUGUCUAUGACCCAGGAUGAUUACAACACUUCUGAUAUACUGUUGGUUAAAGUGAAUGGAACCCCUGUUGAUUACCACAACAUAAACUCAACCUUAGCCAUUGAGAACGGCCCAACCAAACUAGAUGUGUACUCCACGCCCCAGUACAAGGUCGACAGAGCAGAUGACACAUCGGAGAAAAAAGAAGAGGGCGAUUGUGAUUAUGAGGUGGAUGAUGAUAAUAAAGAUGAGGAAGAAACAUCAGAAGAAGAAGAAAGCCCCAAAGUCCACGCUGUGGUUACAAUAUUCAGAUUUAUUAUGAAGCAAAGCUAUAUCUGCGCUCUGAUAGCUAUGAUGGCAUGGAGUAUCACCUAUCACAGUUGGCUCACCUUUGUUCUGCUGAUCUGGUCUUGCACACUUUGGAUGGUCCGCAACAGACGGAAAUAUGCCAUGCUUACUUCUCCUUUCAUGGUGUUCUAUGGAAACCUGUUGUUGAGCCUUCAGUAUAUUUGGAGCAUUGAUGUUGACGAGAUUCCGAAAGUUUCAGGAAUUUUAGAGAAGAAAGGGGACCCGUUUGCGGAACUCGGAUCGAAAAUUCUUUGUGCUUUAACAUUCUGGUUGCUGCUCCGGCAACAUUUGAUGGAGAAAAAGGAGAAGUUAGAAGAUGCAGGGAAUGAUGCUCUGUCUGACAUCAGGGUAGCUAAAGAGGAAAAGGAGGAGAAGGAGAAAGAGAAAGAAAUCAUGCACGUUCUGGGUAACCUGGUUAAAGCGAUGUUUGUCAAGUACUGGAUCUAUGUCUGUGGAGGCAUGUUCUUCUUCGUCAGCUUUGAAGGAAAAAUAGUCAUGUAUAAAAUUAUCUACAUGGUGCUAUUCCUGUUUUGUGUAGCACUGUAUCAGGUACACUACGAUUGGUGGAGAAGAAUUUUAAAAUAUUUUUGGAUGUCUGUUGUCGUUUACACCAUGUUCGUCCUUAUCCUUGUCUACACGUAUCAGUUUGAAUCCUCCCCAAGUGUCUGGUCCAACAUGACGGGGAUGGAUGAAGAAAAGCUGAAGGAUCUGGGGCUGGAACAGUUUGGUGUUGCAGAGCUCUUCACUAGGAUAUUCAUCCCAACUUCCUUCUUGCUUGUGUGCAUUCUGCACCUGCACUAUUUCCACGAGCACUUUCUCGAGCUCACAGACCUGAAGACCCUGGCCACCAAGCAGGACAGUACCAUUUACAGGCUAGUGCACCAGGACGGUAGUUUGGUUGACAUCACCAUGAUGAAUGUGACCACCAGUACUGCUAAGGAUGAGGUGGAGGAGAAGAGUCAGGUGGAAAUAGAUGAAAAAGGAGAGGAGAAAGAACCAGAGGAAAGUGGGGAUAAAGGAGGGAGCAGACACUGCAGUGAAGUAGACCAGCCCAGCGGAGCCGAGACCCUAACUGAGGAAACAUCGGAUUUCAAGAAUAAAUGGCAUCUGGUCAUAGACCGUCUGACAGUGCUUUUUUUGAAGUUUCUUGAGUAUUUUCACAAACUGCAGUUGUUUGUUUGGUGGCUUUUUGAACUACACAUUAUCAAAGUAGUGUCAUCCUAUAUCAUCUGGGUCACAGUCAAAGAGGUCUCCUUCUUCAAUUAUGUAUUUUUUAUAUGUUGGGCUUUUGCGCUUCCAUAUAGCCAGUUCCGCCCACUAGCAUCAAGCAUCUGUACUAUAUGGACCUGUGUUAUAAUUGUCUGCAAAAUGUUGUACCAACUGUCUUCUAUAGAUGAAGGAAGCUACUCUGUAAACUGUACAAUGUCAUUGAAUUGGACUGAAGAGAAGAGAAAAGACAUGAUGACAUCCCUCCUUUAUAAUAAAUCUAUUGACCCUUCCAACUGGGUUGGAUUAAAGAAGUCAUCUCCCCUCUUGGAGUACCUUAGGAACAACCUUUUGAUGCUGGCAAUCUUGGCCUUUGAAAUAACAAUUUACCGCCACCAGGAAUAUUAUAGAUUGAAAAACAAUCUGACAGCACCUGCGACUAAAACCAUCUUUCAUGCUAUUACAAGACAUCACUUGGAUGAUGGAAUUGUGAACUGUGUCAAGUAUUUCAUAAACUACUUCUUCUAUAAGUUUGGUUUGGAGACAUGCUUCCUUAUGGCAAUUAAUGUGAUCGGCCAGAGAAUGGAUUUCUAUGCAAUGCUCCAUGCCUUCUGUUUAAUUGCUGUAAUGUACCGGCGCAGGAGAAAAGCCAUUGCAGAAAUCUGGCCAAAGUACUGCUGCUUUCUGGCAUGCAUCUUGACAUUCCAGUACUUCAUUUGUAUUGGCAUUCCACCUGCAGCUUGUAAAGACUAUCCGUGGAGAUUCCAGGGUUCUGGUAUGGACUCCAAUGUUAUAAAAUGGAUGUACUUUCCUGAUUUCCACACAAGCCCUAAUCCAGUCUUUCUUGUCUAUGACUUUAUGCUUCUGCUCUGUGCAUCCCUGCAAAGAGAAGUGUUUGAAGAUGAGAACAAAGCAGCGGUGCGGAUCAUGGCUGGAGACAACGUGGAAAUAUGUAGGGAUCUGGAUGCAGCUUCCUUCAGCCAGCACAAUCCAGUGCCUGACUUCAUUCACUGCAGAUCUUACCUGGACAUGCUGAAGGUGGCGAUGUUCAGCUAUCUCUUUUGGUUUGUGCUCACCAUCAUCUUCAUCACAGGAACAACUCGGAUCAGCAUAUUCUGCAUGGGCUACCUGGUGGCCUGCUUCUACUUCCUGCUGUUUGGUGGGGGUCUCUUACUGAAACCCAUCAAAGUCAUCCUGCAUUUCUGGGACUUUCUCAUCGCCUACAACGUGUUUGUGAUCACCAUGAAGAAUGUCCUGUCUAUAGCAGCCUGUGGCUACAUUGGUCCUUUGGUCAAAAACUGCUGUUGGUUAAUCCAAACAUUGAGUCUGGCCUGCACUAUUAAAGAAUAUAAGCCCCCUGAGAAGACUGAAAACUGUGACUUACCCAGUGAUGAAGCUGGCAUCAUUUGGGACAGCAUUUGCUUUGCCUUCUUGUUGCUUCAGAGGAGAGUCUUCAUGAGCUACUACUUCUUGCAUGUAGUCGCAGACAUUAGAGCAUCCCAGAUCUUAGCCUCAAGAGGAGCAGAACUUUUUCAGGCGACUAUUGUGAAAGCUGUGAAAGCUAGAAUUGAAGAGGAGAAAAAAUCCAUGGAUCAGCUCAAGAGACAAAUGGAUCGUAUCAAAACCCGACAGCAGAAGUUCAAGAAGGGCAAGGAGAGAAUGUUGAGCUUGGCCCAGGAGUCAGGAGAGGGGGCGACCCUGAUUCAGAAUGAGGAAGAGGAGGAUGAUGAAGGAGAAGCAGACAAAGAAAAAGCCAAGGGCAAAAAAAAGCAGUGGUGGCGGCCUUGGGUUGACCAUGCUUCCAUGGUGAGGAGUGGGGAUUAUUACUUGUUUGAGACGGACAGUGAGGAGGAAGAAGAGGAGGAGAAAAAGGAAGAUGAAGUGCCCCCUAAGAAAUCUGCAUUCCAGUUUGUUUACCAAGCCUUGAUGACAGAUUCCAAAACAACCCUCAAGGAACAGAGCAAAGAGAAAAUGAAGUUUUGGAAGAGGUACACUAGUAAAGGCAACAAGAAAAAAGAUGACAAAGAAGCUUAUGUUGCCAUUGAGUGUGGAGAGCAGGAGGAGGAACCAGGAGCCACAGGAGAAGGAAAGAAAUCUAAUGGACCAGAUAACAUCAUAAAGAGGGUUUUUAAUAUUGUGAAGUUCACCUGGGUCCUGUUUUUGACACUGCUGGACAGCUUUACAGAAUGGCUGAACUCCAUUUCCAGGGAGCAUAUCGAUAUAUCCACUGUGCUCAGGAUAGAACGAUGUAUGCUGACCAGAGAAAUCAAAAAGGGAAAUGUUCCAUCUCGGGAGGGUAUCCAUAUUUAUUACCAGAACCAGAUGCGGUUGAAUCUUUCCAGGGAGUCUGGGCUGGACCAGCUUGAUGAUGACCUCUCUGCUUCAUGUCCUCACAAUGCAGACCGGAAACGUGGGGCAUCCAGAAUGGACAGCUUAGACUCUGUAGCCUCUCGUGACAGCUUGUCCAGUGUCUACACUGAAGCCACCAUGCUGUUUUCACGGCAGUCUACCUUAGAUGAUUUAGAUGGACCCCCAGAACAUGUUCCUAAAACAAGUGAGCGUGCUCGACCUAAGCUUCGCAAAAUGUACAGCAUGGAGAUGUCCUCCUCAUCAGUUGACAGUGACAGCAUUGUGUCAAGUGAACCAACACAGUGCACCACAGUGUUCUCCCGUCAGGGUACCACUGACACAAUUGAAGAAGUGGAGGACGAAGAGGAUGAGGGCGCCCUCACCAGUGUUGUAUAUCAGACAGACUCAGGGGUGCCAUUGGGGGCAGGGGGUCCAGGAUACCCCGAUGAGGAACCUGGAUAUAAAAUAGAGGUUGAUGCAAACCGUGCAGAGGAUCAGGAAUGUUACACUGAACAAUGUGAUUCAGGGGAUCAAGAACAUGGGGUGGGAGAUCAGGAAUUAAAUGUAGGAGAUCACCAAUAUGGUGCUGAAGAUCACAUGUACCCAGCAGAAUGUGUGAUCGAGCUGUACACCCCUGACACUGAUGGGCCUGCCACCUACCCCACAGACAUUGAGGGAGACGUGCCGCCUUCUUACAGCAAAGCUGUCAGCUUCGACAGAAUGUCUGUCAGCUCUAUCGAGGACUCUGCUGACAACCAGUUAAUGGCCAUGACAACGGACGACAGCAGGACAGAAAAUUUGGAUGACAUCAUAUUGCCAUCCCUUACCCACGAGCUGACUGCCAGCGAGCUGCUGCUGAACAAGAUGUUUUAUGAUGAAGAGUUGGAAAGCUCUGAUAGCUUCUACAAACAGCAACCUCAGAUACUACAGCUUUGCUAUGCCCUCUACAACACACUGGUAGCUCGCUCAGAAAUGGUGUGUUACUUUGUCAUCAUUCUGAAUCACAUGAUUUCUGCCUCCAUGUUAACCCUGGUGCUCCCCAUCCUCAUCUUCCUGUGGGCCAUGCUUUCAGUUCCCAGGCCUAGCAAGCGUUUCUGGAUGACGGCCAUUGUCUACACUGAGGUAGCGAUUGUGAUAAAAUACUUUUUCCAGUUUGGUUUCUUUCCCUUCAAUCAGAACUUAGUGGUCAAUAAGAACAAGCCCUAUCACCCACCCAAUAUAAUAGGAAUUGAGAAGAAGGAAGGCUAUGUGCUCUAUGACCUGCUUCAGCUCUUGGCUCUGUUCUUUCACAGAUCCAUUUUAAAGUGCCACGGCUUAUGGGAUGAAGAUGACUUUAGUGUCACAGAGAAUGCAACUCACAGGGAUGAGUCGGAAGAUGAAAAGUCCAUGUCCACUGAAAGAAGGGCAUCUGCUGAGUCUCUGAAAUCCGUAAACCUGGCAGCUUCCUUGGAGUCGGUUCAUGUUCACUUCCCAGAAAAGCAGACCCCUGUCAGGAGAAAGAGCUCCAGUGGCGGAUCCCAGAUCUCACACAGGUCUAACCGUUCCUCCAACAGGUCCAAAAGAGGAAGCACAAGUACCAAAAACAGCACCAGGAGAAGUAGCAGUGUGAUAAGUGUCCAGCAAAAGACUCGAAAGGAGCUUCUAAUUGAAAAAUUAAAGGAACAGUUCAUCAUGGCCAAGGCAUUGACAAUUAAAAAAACUCUUGAAAUCUACAUACCCAUUAAGCAGUUUUUCUACAAUCUGAUCCACCCGGAGUACAGUGCAGUGACCGACGUCUAUGUGCUGAUGUUCCUGGCUGACACUGUUGACUUCAUCAUAAUUGUAUUUGGAUUUUGGGCAUUUGGGAAACAUUCAGCUGCUGCGGAUAUCACUUCCUCUCUGUCUGAGGAUCAGGUUCCAGAGGCUUUCCUGGUCAUGGUUUUGAUUCAAUUCGGAACCAUGGUGGUGGACCGAGCCCUUUACCUGAAGAAGACUGUCAUGGGCAAAGUCAUCUUUCAGGUCAUCCUUGUGUUCGGCAUACACUUCUGGAUGUUCUUCAUCUUGCCAGGUGUAACUGAGAGGCGAUUCAGUCAGAAUAUUGUUGCCCAGCUCUGGUAUUUUGUAAAAUGCAUCUACUUUGGAUUAUCGGCCUAUCAGAUCCGUUGCGGAUACCCGACACGUGUCCUUGGUAACUUCUUAACAAAAAGCUACAACUACGUCAACCUCUUCUUAUUCCAGGGAUUCCGCCUGGUACCCUUCUUGACUGAACUCAGAGCUGUGAUGGACUGGGUGUGGACAGAAACAACUCUUAGUCUGUCCAGUUGGAUCUGUGUAGAAGAUAUCUACGCCCACAUUUUUGUACUAAAAUGCUGGAGAGAGUCGGAAAAGCGAUACCCUCAACCUCGAGGACAGAAGAAGAAGAAAGUGGUAAAGUACGGGAUGGGAGGCAUGAUCAUUGCACUGCUUAUCUGCAUUGUGUGGUUCCCCCUGCUUUUCAUGUCUCUCAUCAAAUCUGUGGCUGGUGUUGUCAAUAAACCAUUGGACGUCUCCAUCAAAAUAACCCUUGCAGGUUUCCAGCCCAUCUUUACAAUGAGUGCCCAGCAAACUCAAUUAAAGGAUUUAUCUGCCAGUGAUUUUAAAGCGUUUACAAGGAGUUACAACAAAAUAAAUGACGCUGCAUUGCAGUUUUUGGAAGCCUACACCCAUGAGGAUGUCACAAUUGCAGAGCUGGAAGGGAGUUCUAAUUCUCUGUGGACCAUCAGCCCUCCUAGUCGUAGAAAACUGAUAGCAGACCUGGAAAAAAAAGAUUCAGAUUUCUCUCUUUCUAUUUCGUGGACCAUUCAAAGGAAUCUCAGUCUUGGGGCUAAAGCCGAGAUGGCGUUUGAUAAGCAUGUAAUUCAGCUAGAUCAAAAAGUAAAAUAUGGUCUUAUAGAUCUAUUGACUGGAGUAGAAAAUGCACCCCCUGUCAAUAUAAGUAAUAUUUUCCCAUGCUAUAUCCGAGCACCCAGUGAUUCCAAUUCAAAACCUAUUAAGCAGCUUUACACAGAUGGCAAUUACCAUAACAUCUACGUAAAACUUGAGCGAAACAUGAACAGUACCAAUCAGUCACAGGAGUGGUGGAUUGUGCAUGAUAAAGAUAAUAAAAAAGGCUUGAAACUGUAUGUUUUCAGUGAUCAAGUCAGCCCACCAAGUUUAGGUUUCCUUGCUGGAUAUGGAAUCAUGGGUCUCUAUGCUUCUGUCGUGCUGGUGAUUGGAAAGUUUGUGCGCGAGUUCUUCAGCGGGAUCUCCCACUCAAUCAUGUUCGAAGAACUUCCCAACGUGGAUCGCAUCCUCAAGCUUUGCACAGACAUCUUCCUGGUUCGUGAGACUGGGGAGCUCGAGCUAGAGGAGGACAUGUACUCCAAGCUCAUCUUCCUCUACAGAUCUCCAGAGACCAUGAUCAAAUGGACACGGGAGAAGACUAAAUGAGCGCAGCCUGCAGGUUUAGCAGAGCACGAAUAUGGAAAACAAAGCACAAUAUUCUUGGAAUAGCUAACCUAUCUCUAAGUAAUGGAUGCCGAUAAGAUUUUAUUUAUUUUUUUUCCCCCUGCCGGUGCCACGGAGACUACAUUUUUGCCUUGUACACAAAUGAAGACUGCACACAUUUUAUUUUUAUUUUGACUGUCAGUAUAUUAACUGAAUUAUCUUCUUACUGUUGGGAUACUGUCAGGGCUUUUAUUGUAAUGUCAUGCGUAUCUUUUACUGCUUUCAUCAAGUUUUUUUCGGAUUGGAGUAUAUAACACUUGAGUUGUGCAGUAAGCUGUACCGCACGGCUCGCUGUGAAGUUUGAAGAGUACAACACUUCUCAUGAGUCAGUAUUCAAAACCAAGGAUCAGCGGUAUGCGGAGAAACACUAGCAGCUUUUUAAAACAAAAAGACAAACUCGCAAGCAGUGGUUCUGCAGGAGAUGUUCAUAAGACAAGGCUUCUGCAAAAGUUAUAUGGCAAUCUCUAAUCUGCCUUAUUUUAUUUGUACAGUCAAUUGAAAAACAUUUAUUAACCAUGAAGGACCUUUUUUUCUCAGGAACAAAAUACAUAAAUAAAAAUGCAUCUCAUGAGGGGAGUAAUCCCCCAGUUUGCACAUGACCAUUGUUACGUAAAUAUCAUCUCUCUUAGAUUACAUUUGAACCAAAGGAGACCGUCCUGUAGUUCCAUGAAGAAUCGUGUCUGAAAGAAAACUCUUCACAAGGAUAUGUCCAACCAAGAACAUUAAAAAGAAACACCUUGCUGCAUCCCUUAGUGAAAUCAUGUCAUGUUGCUAAGCCCAACAUACAUUGUUAUUGAAAAAUGAAAUACUAAAAAGACUUUCAUUAAUGUUUGUUUGUCCAAAAAAAAAAAAAAAUACAUGAAAAAAGACUUACAUAAAAAAGACACACUUAAAUAUUGUUUAAUGGGUUAAGUAAAGGAGGUCCUGUUGUUAGAGCAGAGGCUUCUCUAAACUAUGCAUUUGAGAACAUUGUAGCAUGAAACAAAAAUGAUGUCGCUAUUUAAUUUUCAUUCCAUGUACAUACAGUUUUGAAAAAAAAAAAAAACAACAAAUAAAACAUGUUGACUGGGUACAUGUAUGUUAACUGUAUAUAUGGUGUGGAAGGGUUAAACAAUAAGGAAAACACAGCACAUGUUGCAGAGUAUUUCAGAAGGUAUUCAAGUUUCCUAAUUUAAUGUGUAUUAAAGGUUUUAUUUAUUGAUUUAAUGUGUGAUAAAUAAGAGGCUCGUGAAAGCAGCACCAUAACAAUAUGAAUUGCUUUAAUUAGUAAUAGCUAGAGUACUUUUUUCUUUCUUGAUGUCAGUUAAUGCAGCCACUGUAAAUUGCUUGAAUGCUUUUUUAUCCUUGGGUCUAUCUGAAUCUAAACAGUACGAACUGAAUGAUCUAAUUGAAAGACAUUUAACUGUAUAUUAAUCCCGCUGGUGUAGACCUCACCCCCAAAUUGUUAACACCAUGAAAGACAAAAAAAAUAAAGUGGAAGAACCGUAAAGACCAUGUUUUAGGGUGUCAGUAUUAUGAUUUGCCACAUAGCCCUGCCCCCUUGUCAUGUAGCUAAAUAAGUCUGCUAACAAACAAUAUACAUUAGCUGUCAGUUAACUGAAUGAGCUGACAGGGUAGAGUUUUGCAGGUCAUGUCUGUGCAGGAUUAUAAUGCUAUUAUUGAACAUAAUAAAAAAGCAUUUUGUGAAAGCUUAUUUAUUUGAGAUUUUGGGAGACUGACAGAAGGCUGCUUGAAUACAGUAUUUAGCAUCUGCUACACUGAGCCCUAAUCAUAAAGCUUCGUUCAUUUGUUUGAGGUUAAUAAAACAGUUCUAGAUUGUUGAUGGUUUUGCUGACAGUCUAGAAUAGUUUCAAGAAUAUUAAACAAUCCUGUUAAUAAAAAUACACUUUGAACAAAUAUGUAUUAUUGAAAUAACAACGUGUUAAAGCUUGUUGUGAACAGGUCCCAUUGUCUCGAUGCUACAGGGUAGUUUUCAUGUGUCUCAGUACCUGUACCUCUGUACCUGCAUUUGUUGUCAACAAGAGAAUUUUACCAAUGU